AUGUCAACUCAUACCACCAAAUUUGCUGCCAAUGCUACUGCUGAACAACUCAUGCCUGAGAGUGACCGUGCUCGUGCCUUUGUCACUUUCUUGGCAGGGAACGGUGACUAUGUCAAGGGUGUUGUGAGUUUGGCUAAAGGACUGAGGAAGGUCAAGACCAUGUACCCUCUUGUGGUUGCGGUCUUGCCUGAUGUUCCUGAAGAACACCGUAAGCUUCUACACUCCCAAGGUUGCCUUGUGAGGGAGAUUGAACCUGUCCUUCCUCCUGAGAAUCAGAACAAGUUUGCCCGUGACUAUUUUGUCAUUAAUUACUCCAAGCUACGUAUUUGGGAGUUCGUGGACUACAGCAAGAUGAUAUAUCUAGACGCUGACAUUCAGGUUUUUAGAAAUAUUGAUCACCUAUUCGAUCUGCCUGAUAAUUAUUUUUAUGCGGUGUUGGAUUGUUUUUGUGAUAAGUCUUGGAGUAGCACCCCGCAGUAUAAGAUUGGGUACUGCCAACAGUGCCCCGAUAAGGUUCAAUGGCCCUCUGAAUUUGGUGCCAAGCCUUCUCUAUAUUUCAACGCUGGUAUGUUUGUUUAUGAGCCUAAUCUUGACACAUACAAUGAUCUCCUGAAAACACUUCAAGUCACAGAGCCAACUUCCUUUGCUGAGCAGGACUUUCUGAAUAUGUUCUUCAAGGCCAAAUACAAGCCCAUACCUAAUGUGUACAACCUUAUGCUGGCCAUGUUGUUGCGUCACCCUGAGAAUGUUGAAUUUGAAAAAAUUCAAGUGGUUCACUACUGUAUUAAUGAGUCUAAGCCAUGGAGGUUCACUGGGAAGGAGGAGAACAUGGACAGACAAGACAUCAAGAAAUUGGUAGACAUGUGGUGGGAAGUUUAUGAAGAUCAGUCGUUGGACUAUAAUAUCCCUGUCAAUAUGGAAAGUUUCACCGGGGCGCUUUUGGAAGCUGGUGACGUUAAGAGUGUGCCAACUCCUGCCUAA